AUGAAGCUUCAUCCAACUGUUUCCUUUGCUGUUGCUUCAAUCCACUCAAACGCCACAGAAACAGUUUACGAGAGUAUUUCAACUCCUCCUCUAGAUACGACAGUGCGGUUGGUUCUGACCGUAAUUGGGACAAUGGGAGUUGUUGUGAACAUUUACGCAGCGUUAGCUUUGUAUCAAACAAAAAUUAAUUCACCACUUACCAAACUGUUGCUCUAUCAGCAAACUGUGCUAGAUGCAUCCUUUUCCGCUCUCAUUACAAGUCUAGUUAUCUCCGACAAUUACCGACCAUCAUCAAACAUCGUUCCGGUCCAUCCGAUCACAUGUUACCUAUUUCAAAGUGGAGUUCUCAGUCGUAUUGUUCGUAUUAUGAUCGUGUGUAACAUCGUCUGCCAGUCGAUCGACAGAUUCUGGGCUAUUCUUUAUCCAAAAACAUAUCGCGUCUAUACGAAAUACUAUAUUGCUUCAUGUUCAUUCGUGAUUCCCGUCUACUCGGCAAUUGCCUCUGUAACACGGGUUGUGAAAGUGACUCAGCUGGAAGGAUCGUGUUUGGAACAAAAGUUGCAAAUCAAUAAGUACUGCUUGAGUGCUCUGGAGAGUAUCUUACGUUAUGCUAUACCAAUGUUCUUUCUGAUAAUGUCAAAUGUGUUGGUGAUUCGGAAAUUGUACAAACUACAAGUUAUCAAGAUACCUCGUAUUGAAAAGGUGACUCACGAUGGUCAUGCGGUGAAAAAAGAACGAAUAGACAAUUCUCCCAACUUGUUAACUCCGACUCAAAAGACCAUUCUCCUGAAUACAUUUUGUCUGGCAAUCGAACUGACUUUGAGUGAGAUUGUUGCAAUUGUGCUGACAAUUCUUAGCUUAUGCAACAUUAUUCGACAUGAUGUGACCUCGAUCUCACGUGUGUACUACUUAGUCGCCGUGGUUUUUCUCUGUGGUCUGAAUCCGUGUGUGGAAAUUCUGACCAUACGAAGGUUGCGCAGCACGGUGAUGACACACUGGCAGAAGUGCAGAUCAGUUUGCGCAAAAUCACAAAGUGGAUCCCACGACAGACAGAUUCAAGGUGACCGUUGA